CCAAACCCUCGCUGGAGGCCCAGUAUCCACCACCAUCAUCGAGACCACCAGCAUCUCUAGAACCUUCCUCCUCGCUUCCGGGCCUCCGGCUCCGCCUUCCCCUUCCUCUCAGCCCCAAACCCAAGAAACCCUCCUCCCAUCGCCGCCGCCUCCUCUCGCCGCCCAAUCCCCGACGUUCGCGAGAGCAGGAAGAGCAGCCGGGCAGGAUGCCGCCGAAGAAGGCGCAGCCAUCGAAGGCGGACCUGGCCAAGAAGCAGAAGGUCGUGGAGGACAAAACGUUCGGGCUCAAGAACAAGAACAAGAGCAAGAACGUCCAGAAGUACGUCCAGUCCCUGCACCAGGCGGUCCAGCCGAAGCCCGACCCGACCAAGACCGCCGCGAAGAAGAAGAAGGAGGAGGAGAUGGCGCGCGAGAAGGAGCUCAGUGAUCUGUUCAAGGUCGCCGUCAGCCAGCCCAAGGUCCCCGUGGGUGUUGAUCCCAAGUCAAUAGUGUGCGAGUUCUUCAAGGCUGGCCAGUGCCAGAAGGGUUUUAAGUGCAAGUUCUCACAUGACCUUAAUGUCCAGAGGAAGGGUGAAAAGAUUGAUAUAUACACAGACAAGCGUGAUACAGAAACCAUGGAGGAUUGGGAUCAGGAGACUCUCGAGAAAGUGGUUGAAUCGAAAAGGACAGAGUACCAGCAGAACAAACCUACUGAUAUUGUCUGUAAGUACUUUCUUGAUGCUGUGGAGAAGAAACAGUAUGGAUGGUUUUGGGUUUGCCCAAAUGGUGGCAAAGAUUGCCACUACAGGCAUGCCCUUCCGCCUGGAUAUGUUCUGAAAUCACAAAUGAAGGCCUUAUUGGAGGAAGAGAGUGAAAAAGUGGCUAUUGAAGAUGAGAUUGAAGAUCAGCGCAAAAAGGUUAAGACUACAACUCCUAUUACUACAGAAUUGUUCAUGGAAUGGAAGAGGAAGAAGGCAGAAGAAAGAGAAGCUGGUCAGGCCGCCUUGAGGGCAGAGAGGGCUAAGAAUGACCGCAUGAGUGGGCGUGAGUUGUUCAUGGCUGAUGCAAGUGUGUUCGUUGAUGAUGCCGAAGCAUAUGAAGUUUAUGAAAGACAUGAAUCAGAAGAUAAGGAAGAACCGCGCAACAAAAGUCAGGAUGCGGGUCCAAGCUCGUCAAAUUCUAAUGGCAAGGAGGCUGACGAAGAUAUCGAUGUUGAUGAUGAUUUGGACAUUGAUGAAUUAAAUGAACUUGAAGCAAGCCUGUCGAGAACUUCCAUUCAGAUUCGAGAACCUGGUGGUGAUUCAUGAUUGUGCCUUUUACCACUUCAAGAAAGAUUGUGGAUUUGCAUGGCACCCAGGGAAAAGUUGAAUCGGCACAUAUGUUCUCUUGGUUCGCCAUCCCCUGCCUUAUUCCUGUCGAUUUGUCCGGACUCGAGUCAAGUUGUAGCGCGUAGAAGCUGCUUUGAAGGAAUUUAUCUCGAUUCUGCUCGAGCUAAGAAGCUGUUUCCUGUAAAGUUGUUGUAAAUCCCUCUAUGGUGUACUGUAGAUGUAAAAGGUUUAGCCGAGCUUUGGCAUAACUAUAGUGUGGGUGUCCUGUGUGUGUAUGGGAGGGUCUUUGUGUGAGCUUUGGUAUAACUAAACUGUAGGUGUCCUGUAUAUGCGCGUGAGUGUACGGGUUUUCUGUAUAUA